AUGGAAAAAGCCGAAAAAGAAGUUGCCACAGCCAACCCUCUUCAAGCCACUAAGUCCUUUUUGGAAAGUUUAGAUCAGCAAAUGGAGAAUAAUGAAAUUACUAGUCCCACUGAAUUAGGUCCUGAAAUUAGUGCCAAAUAUGAAGAGUUAAAAGAAAAUACUAUUACUGAACCUAAUUUAAUAGUAGAAACUAAACACCAAAUUAGUGCUCAAAUCGGAACCCUAGGAGCUCAAAAAAGAUUUGCUAAAUUAGUCAGCCAAUACCAAGUCGCUUACCAAUCCAGUAAUAAAGCCCAAAGAACCUCCGUUAGAGAUGCUAUAACUUCUUUCUUACUUAGUACUAACAUUUAUGACCAAAACUUAAUCUCAAAAAGAGAAACUGAAUUAAAAAAAAUGAAACAAGACUUAGAAAAUCAGUUAACUAACCAACCCAGCCAAUCCAACUCCCCCGAACAACUUCCUUGA